AUGAGGCUCUAUCAGCGGGUCGCGGAGCUGGCCGGCAAACCCACCGACAAGUUCGUGCUCCCCGUGCCUGCGUUCAACGUGAUCAACGGCGGCAGCCAUGCCGGGAACGGGCUUCCGGUUCAGGAGUUCAUGAUCCUGCCGGUGGGAGCCGGAUCUUUCCGAGAAGCGUUGCAGAUCGGGGCCGAGGUCUACCACCACCUCAAGAAGGUGAUUCAGGAGAAGUAUGGCCAGGAUGCCACGAACGUUGGUGAUGAAGGCGGAUUCGCGCCGAACGUCCUGGAGAGCGACGAAGCACUGCAGGUGCUGAUGACAGCCAUCGAGAAGUCUGGCCACGCUGCGAAAGUCAAGCUUGGCACCGAUGUGGCGGCCUCUGAGUUCUAUGAUGCCAAGGAAAAGAAGUACGACUUGUACUGGAAGGACAAGGAGAAGAAAGGGUACCCCAUGGUCUCCAUUGAGGAUCCUUUUGACCAGGCGCGCGGGGGUGUAGGGUUUCGGGUUUCGGGUGUAGGGUUUAGGGUUUAG